AGAAAACAAAUCCAAGAUGGCUGCGCCCGUUCAAUCUUGAACAAAUUAAUAUAGACCUACUACAACUAGAUCUAGAUCUAUAGUCUAGAAUCUAAUAACAAUAUUUAAAAGUAUCAUCAAAUAUUUCUCAUCAAUUCAAGCAAAGUAAAGUCAACAAAGAUUGAAAAUAACUUCAUUGACAUCUUAGAUCCUGAUAAGUAGGUAAAGAAUGCCUACUGUAAUAGCUCUAGAUGUUUCUCUCUCUAUGUCCAGACCUGUUGUAUUGACAGAUACAUCGGAGGAAUAUCAACGUCGUCACCUUGCUAUUCAUGGGAUAAAUAUUUUUUUGGAUUAUUUGACUGCCAACUACAAGCUAGAAUUUGUAUCUCUUGUAGCCUUUUCUUAUUUGUAUGAGCAAUUAUCUACUUUCACAAGAGAUUACAAUUCAGUAAGAACUGCACUAAACAGAGUAGAAGCAUUUAGCAAAACUUGCAUAGAAACCGCACUAAAUGGCAUAAGAAAUGUUAUUUCUGAUGAAUGGAACCAUACACCUUGUCAGGUUUUACUAAUUACUGAUGGCAGCAUUGGUGUUGGUACUGGAUCCCUUAAACGAUCACUGGAAACUAUUAAUUUGAGGCAGUCGGUUGAAGAAAAAUUUCCUUUACCUUUUUCAUUUCCCUGCAAGCUACAUAUUGUCUGUAUAGGCAAUCCAAAUGAACCAGAUGUACGCAGUGCUCUUCCUUACUAUCAAAAGCUCAUUGAUAUUGGUCAGCAGGGUGGAGAGCUUUUUACUAUUGAUGGACCUAUAUCUUUCAAGUCUGUGGAAGAUGUUUUUAACCGGUUGGCAGAGAAGUAUUAUAAUCCAUUUUGUGGGACGCUAACAUGUGGACAUUUCAACUGCGCAAUUAAUUUAUUUCCAAAGCCAGAGCCUUUUGACAGGCAACUGGAUGAUGGGAAAAUGACUUUUACAGUUUCAGAUAAACUUGAAAUCAUUGGUUUCAUUGAAAUUAAGGACAUUGGUAGCCCACCUACUGUAGCUAGACAUCUCGUAUUGCCUAGAUCUACUAAGGAAAAAGGAGACACAAAAGAUAAAGAAGGCAAAUCUGGCAAGACAGAAGAUGAUGAUGACAGUCAAGAUGAUGGGAAAAUUCCAUCCUUUACAGUUUUAUUGCAUGGAAGUUUGAGGGUAGAGAGUAUGGUGGCAGUGACUAGAGUUUGUGAUGACUGGUAUGGUAUGAUUUACUCCUGGGCUGACAGUAAAAAGAAAUCAAAUUUGAUGUUGGCAUUAUUUGAACCAGGACAAGAUUCAGUUCCAUGGCUAGGACCAUUUGACAAUCUAACCUCCUGUAAAGAAUAUUUCCCUGAUAUGGUGUUCAAUGAUGAAGAGAAGAAAUCACCUUUUCCUGUACGACCUACUGAUAAACGCAGCUAUGCUCAGAGUUGUGUGGUGUGGAUAAAGCCUUCUGGUUUGCAGUCGGAUAUUCAGAAAGUUUUACGACAUGCCAGAAAAUUACCUGACAAAUUACAGCAGUUUUAUAAGGAGCUAAAUCGCACAAGAAGAGCAGCACUUUCAUUUGGUUUUCAUGCAUUGCUGGAGGCUAUGGCUGCCAUGUUGGAAAGAGAGUGCACAUUGCUCCCAGGGACAGCCCAUCCAAAUGCUGCCUUACAGCUUACUCAUGCUGCAAAUAUGUUACGAUCUGAAAAUGCUUUUGAUGUCACACAGACCAUUCAGCCCUUGCUUACAAAUUUCUCAUCAAGUACUAGCUGAUAUCAAAACACAAAUCAAUAGAUAAUAUCAAUGUUUAAUUUUU